AUGAAAGUGGUUGCUUUAAUCAGUGGAGGAAAAGAUAGCUGUUAUAAUAUGAUGCAUUGUGUUGCAAAUGGGCAUCAGAUUGUGGCAUUGGCAAAUUUAAAACCACAAUCAAAAUUCAUAAAAGAUGAACUCGACAGUUUUCUUUAUCAAACUGUUGGUCACGGCGCGAUUGAAUAUAUUGCUGAAUCCAUGAAUCUUCCUCUUUAUCGACGUGAGAUUAUGGGCAAUUCUUUAGUUCAAAGUGCAGAUUAUCAGCAAACUUUAGGUGAUGAGACCGAAGAUUUAUAUAAAUUAUUAAAACAAGUGAAGAAAGAACAUUCUGAUAUUCAAGCGGUUUCUGUUGGCGCGAUUUUAUCAAAUUACCAACGUGUUCGUGUUGAAAACGUAUGUGAUCGUCUUGGAUUGACAUCACUUGCUUAUCUUUGGCGAAGGAAUCAGAAAGAAUUAUUGAAAGAAAUGAUUAAUGCUGGAAUAAAUGCAAUUUUAAUUAAAGUAGCUGCAAUAGGACUUAAAACUACACACCUUGGAAAGUCAAUCGCACAAUUAUAUCCAUAUUUAUGCGAUUUGAAUGAAAAGUAUGAUGUACACAUAUGCGGUGAAGGUGGUGAAUAUGAAACGUUUACUUUGGAUUGUCCCUUAUUUGUUAAGCGACUUUCUGUUCAGGAAGUGGAGACAGUUAUACAUUCUGAUGAUGCAUUUGCUACAGUUGCCUAUCUUCGCCUCAAACGUUUAAUUGUUGAAGAAAAACAAGCUAGUGAAAUUGUAUCAAAUCCUGUUAUUGUGAUUCCAUCAUGGAAAAAAGAUAUUGAAGAUUUUACUAUAUUAGACAAGCAAUCGAAAUUGGAUAAUAACAGAACAAAUUAUGUCAUGGUAUCGAUUAAAAUUGAUAAUUUGAGCGAAGAAUUUUUAUCGGAAGAAAAUCUCCAUUUAUUUUCUUCAUAUUCAAAUCCACCUUACUACAACGUAUCUGGUACAACUGCAUAUGAUAAUUCACAAGAGGUUCAACAAUUCGAAUCAAUCGAGGAAGAAACGUAUGCGUGCAUGUUAAAUCUUCAAGAAAAGUUACAUGAAUUAGGUUUAAGUUGGUCUGAUGUAGUAAAUAUGAAUGUAUUUAUUAAAGAUAUGGAUGAAUUUGGAAAAAUGAAUGCGAUUUAUAAGAAAUUCUUUAAUAUUAAUCCACCUACGAGGGCGUGUGUAGGCAGCAAUUUACCUUCACCAACGAAUAUUCAAAUAGAUUUGAUGGCGAUAAAACCUAUAUCUAAUGAAGAAUCUUCUAAUCCAAGAGAAACUAUGCAUGUUCAAAGUAUUUCUUAUUGGGCUCCGGCAAAUAUUGGACCAUAUUCUCAAGCCACGAUUAUAAAAUGUCAUGCAUUUAUUGCAGGACAAAUAGGGCUUAUACCAUCAUCACUUGAAUUUCCUUUACCUCAGACACUUGAAAUGCAAACCUUUCUAUCGCUAAGAAAUUUAGAAAAUGUUACUUCAGUUUUAAAAUUAAAUGUGAAGAAAAGAACUGCUUUAUCGAUUUGUUUUGUUGAUGAUGAAAGUUCUUUUCCUUUUGUACAAAAUGCGUGGAAAGUUUUCUGCGGGCAAAGUGACGAGAAUUCCAAGAAAUUUACGGAACCUGUUCUUUAUCUUUCUGUUCCAUCGCUUCCCCGCAGAGGUAAAGUUGAAUGGCAAGUGUUAAUACAUCGUGACGAUGAUGGUAUUAAGAAUCCCUUAGUGGAACCAAAGAUUUGGCAAGAUACUUCGGAUACUAUUGAACCAAUGGUUACAAAGACAACUGCAUGGUUUAUGAAUCCAAUAUUAUGUAGUGUAAUUACUAUUCAAGUCAAUAAUGAAAAUAUAACUUUAUUGAACUUACUUGAUGGAAUGAUAUAUGGAUUGGAUAAGUUAUUUAAUAAAUUUUUUACAUUUUCACAAAUUAAAAGUUCAAAAUUUUGGAAUAAUAUUGGAUCUAUUAGAAUAUUUUAUUCUAAAAAGAUUAAUACUGAUCAAAGUAAAUUUGAAAAGGCUAUUAAAUUAAAAAUUAAAAAAUUUUUUUCUGAAAUGAAAGCUGCUAUUACAUUUAUUCCCGUAUUAGCUAUAAUGGAUGAUUCU